UUUUAAAACCCAACCAAAAAAAAUUCUCCACCGUACACAUCUCCUAUAGUCUCUCCGUACACACACAUUUGUGAAACACCAUAUUAAGCUUUUUAAAACUCUCUCUUUCUUUCUUCUAACAUCAUUUUGAUCAUUCUCUUCUUCUUCUUCUUCUUCUUCUUCAACCAUAAACAUAUAGAGAAUGAAAGAUGAUAUGCGAGGAGGCAUAUCAUCAUCAGCAACCGCAAAUACAAAAGGAACAAAUGAUGACAAUGAUGAUGAUGGAUCAACGUGAUAAUAAUCAUCAUUAUCAACGGAAGAAAUCACCAUUAUCAUCCCCAUCGUCUCCAUCAUCACCAUCAUCAUCAUCACCUAGAUCAUCAUCCUUUAAUAACAUUAUUGAUAAUGAGGAAGCAGAGAGGCUAGAGGUUGUGAAUUUGAGUGGGAUGGCAUUGGAGUCUCUCCCCAACCCUUCACUCAAUCUAGCUCAGAUUUGCAAGCUUGAUCUCUCCAACAAUAAUCUCCAGACCAUACCAGAAUCACUUACCGCGAGACUACUCAACUUGAUAGCAUUAGAUGUUCACUCGAAUCAGAUCAAAGCUCUUCCAAACUCCAUUGGUUGUCUCUCUAAGCUCAAGAACCUCAAUGUCUCCGGCAACUUUCUUGUUUCCCUCCCCAAAUCUAUCCAACAUUGCAGGUUCUGGUUAACCAUAUAUGUCAUAAAACUCUCACAACAUCCCCAACAAUCACUAAUUCACAAAUUUUUGUCUUGGCUUUUCUAUCUCAGGUCUCUGGAAGAACUAAAUGCAAACUUCAACAAACUAAUCAGAUUACCAGACUCCAUUGGAUUUGAGCUCACAAAUCUAAAGAAGCUCUCUGUCAACUCCAACAAGCUCAUUAGCCUCCCAAUCUCCAUUACUCACCUCACAUCUCUCCGUGUCCUCGAUGCCCGUCUCAACUGCCUCAUGAUUCUACCGGAUGAUCUCGAGAAUCUCAUCAACCUCGAGAUCCUCAAUGUCAGCCAGAAUUUCCAGUACCUUUCCGCUCUCCCAGCUUCCAUUGGCCUUCUAAUGAACCUCAUUGAGCUCGAUGUUAGCUACAACAGGAUCACUGCCUUGCCUGAGUCCAUUGGCUGCAUGAGACGGUUAAGGAAGCUGAGUGUUGAAGGAAACCCGCUUGUAUCCCCGCCCAUCGAGGUGAUGGAGCAGAAUUUGCAGGUGGUGAGAGAGUAUCUGACACAGAAGAUGAAUGGUGGCUCACCAAAGAGUCCCAGCAAAAAGAAGUCGUGGGGAUUUGGUAAAUUGGUGAAAUAUGGGACUUUCAAUGGCGGAUCAAGAAGCUGGAACAGAGAGGAGAGAGAAGGGUUCAUCAUGCCUGAGUACCGUUCCAUCGACAGUCUUGCUUCCCCUAGGUAUUCUGGAAUGUUCUCUCCCCGUCGUCUCUUUUCUCCAAAAACCUAUUUCAGCAGAUAGAAGAGACAACAACCGAGAAUUUCAAUAUUCCUACAAGCUAUGCACAACUGUAGCAUCAAGGCCAAACCUAUUAGCAUCAUAAAAUGUAUAGAGAGUUUCUCAAUAUGUUCAUCAGAUUCUAGAAUUCUUGGUUUUUUUCCAUUAUAUAUGCUUGCACCAGCCACCAGGUCCCUGUUUCUAUGCACACCAAAUUGUUCAUGAAUAAACUGUCUUCUUUCAGAACAUCUGUCCUCUUCUCUUCCUGAUUCUUUAGACAUUAGCAAAAGACUAAAGAUUACACUGAGAAAGAAAGCAAUUCAAUUUAAAGCUAACACACAAGGCCUCACAUUCUUUAGGCUGCAAGAGCUUUUAUGUCAGAUAUAUCCCAUACUCUAACAAUCAAAGGAAUCAACAAUCUAUGUUCCUCUCUUCAAUUUCAAAUAUAGUUUGAGGAGCAAAACUAUGUUUUUCACAUACAAAACAAAAGUAUCAACUCAAUUCAUAGCCAAAGGAGAAUCUUUUCACUUUCCAGCUCUUACUUCCUCUGCUAUAUAGCUAAUGUAGUAUGACUCUGUUUAAAGAUUGAAAUAAGACAAACAAAUCCACUUAAAGAUCUCAACUUUCCUACAUGUGAUUAUAUUAGUCCUACACAGAAAUGCACAAUGCAUCCAAAGAACUUGAUUGAACCGUUAGUAAGACUUUGAUUCAAAUUCAAAGAUACAUUCUUCAAAUCUGUAAAUACAGGACUGCGUUCAAACAAGUCACAAUGCACAUAUAGAGCCUAUAACUCAAGUUCUCAUUACAGAAUUGAACUAAUCUAAAACCCUAA